CCCUUCCCCCAUCGAAAACCCUAUCUUUGCCUUCUUCCCAAGAGCGCUUUCAGCUUCUCCCGCACCACAAGUCAAUCUUGACCUCGGCUGGUCCAAGGUCAACGCAAGCAUUCAUCUUCGACAAUGAACGCUGCACGCAAGAAUCUGACGGCAGCCCUCUUGCUCGCCAUUACGGUGGCAGUGGCUAUGACGUUCGUCGCCGCUGCUCCUCCCGGCCUCUCGUCUUUAGGACGCAGCGCGAUGGACUGUCCCACACCCAUGUCCAUGUCGCGCAACGACAAGUGCGACCCCCGCGAUGUCAACACCUGGUCGCAAGAGCUGCGUACUGGUCUUACCAGGUUCUACGGCGACGCCCUCCAGGAGAAGAAGAUAGAUGGAGAGAAAUGGCUGGAUGAAAACCCCACCGACGAGGACAAAGCCUGCAAAAAGCUCUUCGCAUCCAAUAACUGCCAGCGCGAGAUGCACGAUUACUUUGAGCGCAAGGGCGCCAGACCCUCGUCUGCUCUCGUCCAGAAGCGUGGACUUGGAGAUGAAGAAAAGCACGGCGGCGACCGGGGCUUCAAGUGCACCGAAGAGCAACGCAAGAUGUGUCAGGCUCAGACCUGUACCGCGGGCUGCAGUAGCCACAGUCGCGCCGAGGGCCUGGAACGUGAGUAUGCAAACAAGAGUUGGCGCUUUUGCCAUCCUUUCUUCUUUUCCUCUUCACCCUUUCCCUCCUCUUUACCUUCUAUCACUUUCCCGCUCUUUAGUUCCCUUUCCUCAUGCUCUUCUCCUCCCAAGUCGGCCUUUCUAAGUACGGCCCGUUCUAGCGGUUUCGUUCUGUCGUGACACGCGAUUCUAUUCGCCGGACCUUUCUCUCUUUUCUUGCAGCAGAGGGACGUGACUCGACUGAAGAGCUGUCAUUGGGGCCGACUUGCGAGCGCUGACAGACUGUUCUUAGUCGGCUUUGCGAGCCGGUCGCAAAGCUCUUCGACUGCAUCUGUCCCCGACUCUCUGACCCGCCUCCUAUCCCUUGAAGAGAUGCUGCGAUUGCUUUCCGGCUGAUCACCAUAGAGCUCUCUCCUACUCCAAGAUCAAGUCCUAUCUCUGUCCAUCUCGUACUUCGAGCAAUUC